CUAGUAGCCAAGGACCACUGGCUCAAUUCGGAGUAUAUAAGACCAGAAGUGAAUGACUUGGUCAGUAGUUGUGUAAAUCCUCCUUUAAGAACUUUCUCAAAUUUAAAUACAAUCGUUGUAGUCAUUUCUUCUAAAUCCAUCAUGAAGGUUUUGAGCUUAACUGUUAUUCUUACCGUUUUGUCUUCCACAUUUGCAAGAGGAUACUAUGGUGGAGCCUAUGGACUUAAUACAUUAGGUUAUGGUUUAGGCUCUGGUCUCACAUACGGUGGUCUCGGCUACGCACCAUCAGCCAGACUAGUAUCUUUAGGAGGAGGUUAUUCUUAUGGUGCUCCACGAGCACAGUACGUGCGUGCCGCUCCACUUGCGGUUGCUGCACCUGCUCCCAUAACAUACGCCGCACCUGCUCCCAUAACAUAUGCCGCACCUGCACCAGUAGCUCUUGCUGCCCCAGCUCCAGUAGUUAGGUAUGCUGCUCCAGCACCCCAAAUUAGAUAUGCUGCUCCAGCACCCCAAAUUAGAUAUGCUGCUCCAGCUCCUCAAAUUAGAUAUGCUGCUCCUGCACCUAUCAGAGUUGCUGCCCCAGCUCCAGUAGUCAGGUACGCUGCUCCUGCACCAGCUCCUAUUGUUAGGUAUGCCGCACCAGCUCCAGUUGCAGUGGCUGCUCCAGCUCCAGUUAUCCGAUAUGCUGCCCCUACUCCAAUCAGAGUUGCUGCUCCUGCACCAGUCAUCCGUUAUGCCGCACCUGCACCAAUCAGAGUUGCUGCCCCUGCUCCAGUUGCAGUUGCCGCUCCAGCACCAGUCAUCCAAUAUGCUGCCCCCGCACCAAUCAGAAUAGCUGCCCCAGCUCCAGUUGCAGUUGCUGCUCCUGCUCCAGUCAUAAGGUAUGCUGCACCAGCACCCAUCAGAGUUGCCGCUCCAGCUCCAAUUGCAGUAGCAGCUCCAGCACCCAUUGCAGUGGCAGCUCCAGCAACAACUUACAGUCUAGGAGGACUUAGUGGUAUUGGUGGUUAUUCUUUCCCAACCAUCAGAAACUAUGGCGGAAAAAGCAUCAAAUAAACUGUUCCUGUUGACUGUGAUGAAACAUUCCUCCAGUAGAUGGAAUAACUAAGAUUGUAGAGAAUGUUUCUGUUUCUUUCAAGAUAUUCUUCUUUUAUCAGAAGAAUGAACUUGAUUCGAAAUCCUUACCAAAUAUAAAAGCUUUAACUCAAAUCCUUCAGAGAUGGUUUUUUUAAAAAAUACUUUUGAACAAAUGGUGCUUUUUUUUAUAUAAUUUUUUUUUUGACAAAAUUUAGAAACUAUGGUGCUCUAUUUACAACUAUUGUUAUUGGUUUUUAAUAAAAGCUUUUAUUAUUUUA